AUGCAAAAUUCAAUAGAUGUUGGCUGGCUUGAUGUCGGGGUUGGAGAAGAUUCCAGGCUUGCGGUGCAGGACUACGGUCGACUGCAACGUGUGGUUUCCCAGCUCUCUGACCAAGAUAACCAAUAUCCAUCCUUAUGCGUGUUUCUUGGUGGAGAAAUCAAGAGACAUGCUCUUCAACAGCUCUACCCCUUGAACAACAUAAAAAGACAUAAAUCUGAGGCCCUAAUCAAACUGCGGUACGAUAUCGCUUCUCUGGAGAGCCGGCGGCCAGUCUUGUUGGCUGAUGGCGACAUCCUGCAUACGGAUGACUUUUAUCCUGCCAAGAGACUAGAGGCUGGCGUAGGCCAUCCCAUCUCUUGGGAUAAUCAUUCAGGGGGCAAGAUAUUGCUAGUUCUGUGGUCACGAUUGAUAUUUCUCUUUACCGAUGUGGUUUGCAUCUUUAUCGACGAUAUCUCCAGCCUGGAGAGGGCAGCACACUUUUUAGUCGGCUGUUUAGAACUUCGUUCUGCGUCCACUUUCCCCCCGCAACACUUACCAAGAGUCAUUUUCAUAUACGGAUCAACAGUGGAGAAGGGAGAGGUUGAUAAGCUAGAUAUAGGGCCGAUCUCCCGCAGGAUCCACGAAAGUGGAUAUGAUGAUCUGUCCGGAUUGUUCUCGAGUUCUAUGACUAUAUACCUGCAGGACAGUCAUUUAUCUGACACCGUGCAAUUUCAACGACUCAAAGCGUCGAUUACGGAACAAGUCGACGAUAUCUCCUCCGUUCGACAAGAAUUCCAGGCUCGACCCAAUGGGAGGCACUUAACCGCAUUAUUUCUAUUGGCGAUCCAACACACACUGAAGGAUGUUGCUAAUCCUUUUGAUUUCGUGACAGCCACAAGGAAGGAUCGCCCCGUGAGUUUGUGCAUAGAGCCGCAUCUGACGCAUUAUCUUGAAAUCGGUCAACGUGCCGAUUUCCCCCUACCCGGAUUGGCCAAUACGAUCGCGUCGGCCCUUUUCAUGGACCACUAUGUACCCAAUAUACUUGCGACGAAUCCCCGUGAGGUAUUUAGAGUUCUGUAUCGGCCUGCGGUUAUUGGAGCCUAUCACAGCUCCAAAGCAAUGUGGCCCGAUAUGUGCCCUGUGAAAGAAACUGCUUUAGUUGAACUUUAUUUUUCCCGCCUAUCCAACCGAUCCUCGCAGAGGCAAAUCUCCGCGGCAGAGUUGCGGGAAGAACAACUCAAAUCACUCAGCGGUCGAGUGUUCGGGGUCCCUGUCUCCGGGAGAGAGUACCGAUUCAUCAUCAAAGGUUGUCUUUAUUGUCUCUACCAGAGACCGUUGGUUGUCGAUGUUCUUCCGCCAACUAUGAGCCCCACUAUUCUUGCCAUCGACGGAGGGGGUGUUCGCGGGGUUAUACCAUUGGAGUUCCUACUACUAGUGCAGGAACACCUGCACCCGUGCUCGAUCCAAGACGUAGUAGCUCUUGCGGUUGGCACAAGCUCAGAUUACCGAAUAAUACGUCCGGAUGAUAUACAGGACGAACCGAAAGUGUGGCGAGCUGCCAGGGCCACAGCUGCCGCCCCUUUUUUUUUCACCCCUGCGGACUUGGGAGUUGGCUCCUUUCAGGACGGUGGACUAAAGUACAACUUCGCGGGGGCGAUUGCAGAUCAGGUUUCCCACCAGAUCUGGCCCACAGCCAUAGGAUCCACGCGAAUGUUGUCUUUGGGCACUGGAAAGCCCCAAUCGAAUGGCCAGACUCCGCAUUUCCACCACGUCUUUCGGGACAGCUUCAUACGCCGGGGGUUCGAUGCGUGGAUGUCUACUAUGAAUACAGAUAACGAUUGGAAGAAAUGGAGAGAUCAUUUGAGUGAUUCAGUCAAGGGAGACAGCCACCGCUUGGAUGUGUCUCUCGGAGAUACACCUCAUGCAAUUGAUGCAAUCGACGCGAUAGAGGACUAUCGCAAUCUUGUCAUCCUCCAGAUUGGCAGCGGGCGAAUGGCCCGGGAGGCGGCAACCACAAUGUUGAUCUCUAACUUCUUCUUUGUCGUUGGCUCAUUGCCAGAGAAUACUGCGACCCCAUUCUGGUGUCAUGGGUCAGUGCGCUGUAAAGGGCCAGCCCGAAAGGUUGUAUUAGCUUUGGAGCAUCUCUACCCAGAUGGGCUUAGUUAUGUCUCAGAUGGUGGAUUGAUCGACAGGUUUGCAGGGCUAGAUAGUAUCUGCCCUUCAUGUGGCUGCUAUAACAGCCCUAUCUCGUUCUUGACCCGCCACUUGGACUACACAGUGAAUAUCUACUUGCAGAGCUACUCUCAAAAGCGGUGGCGACUUGGCGGCUUCCCAGAAAGCGUGGCGUCAUUCGUUUCACGACAAGGCCUGCAAUCUCCAUUUGGUCAAGAUGAUCAUGGCUACCCCUGUCGAAAGCCAUGCCCUAGCUGUGACAUUGUCCCAAGCCCCAUCAAGGGUACAAGACGCAGGCGCGAAUCAAGAGGCUCGGGAGAUAUUGGCCCUAGGAAACGCGCACUAGUGUAA